AUGGUACUAAUGGACUUACAACCUUUAUUAACAUUUUCAUUUCUAGCUAUGGGCCUUAAAUGGAUAAAGCCCAUUUACACAACUAGAUUCUAGCGAAACCAGACCUUUUCGUCAGUCAUCGCCCACCACGACACAUCGCCGCAGAGAGAGAGAGAGAGAGAGAGAGAGAAAGCGAGAGGCGAAAAAGAUGAGGUUGAUAGUGCACAACAUGUUGACUUGCAACAUCAAGGGAGUGGUCAACAAGUUCCCUCUACGGAUCGAAGCCGAGAAGGUGAUCAAGAAGGAUGUCGACUUCAACCCUGAUUUUCUCAGACACAUGCUGGCCAAGAUCGAGUGGAAGGCUCUCGUGGACGGUGCACGUUCCAUGGGGUACACCGAGCUUCCUGAUCACGCACCGGCGCUAGAAUCCGACGAACCGUUCCUCAAGAAGUUCCACCACGCGUUGCUCGAGCUUAAUCUCGAGGAAGGCUCGCUCGUAUGCCAAGAAACCGGUAGAAAGUUUCCAGUCGAGAAAGGAGUCCCAAACAUGCUUCUCCACGAGGACGAAGUUUAAAAGUAGAAUCAAACUAUUAUUGCCUUGUGUUAUGGAUGAAUGAUCUUCAUACACUCCUAGCCAAAGUAACUUUUUUUUUUUU